AUGACGACGGUGUUCCCAAUCGACGAUGACGACGGUGUUCCCAAUGUAGCUGUGGCAAUGGCUGAAGGCCUCAAUUCAGAAUGGGAGGACGAAAGAUUAGUUUGGAACCCGGACGACAAAGAUGACAUAGAGAGCGCCUUCGCACCGCCCGAUAAAAUUUGGAAACCGGAAUUAGUCAUCGACAGCUCGUUGGCAGACCUCGGCGUGAAAGCUCUGGAAAAUCUAAACAUCAGAUACGACUCUAAUGGCGUCGUAGAGUGGGAAUCGCCAAAACUAUUUAGUAUCCACUGUCAGAGCACACGGAGAAUGGAUAGUCACCAAGACGGAGACCAUAUCGUCGGAGCUGAAAGAGACACUGGCAGACGGAAUAACGACUCGAGUAUUUCCACAACUCGAGUUCUGGAUUUAUAUCAGUAUGUUCGAUGGGUGUAUACACGAAGGAACAAGUAUGGGAUACGAAAUUGUUGCUUCAAUAAGAGAAAAUAA